ACGAGGUUCCGUGAUCCGUGCGCGUUUUUUAUCCGUCCGUGGAGGCCUUUAAACUACACCCACACCUCGCGAUUCACGGUUAACACACCCCGAUUCCACAGGACGAGAGACUGACCGACGGAACCCGUCACACUUCGGCGCCAGCGCUCCCGGAAUACCUUCAACCGCAUCUGAUACGGGUCAUGACGCUGGAAGCGAUCCGGUACCGGUCCGGGUCUCUGCAGAUCCUCAACCAGCUGCUGCUGCCACACGACACCGUGUACGACGAGCUCCGUUCGGUGCAGGACGGAUAUGAGGCCAUCAAGAGUAUGAAGGUGCGCGGCGCUCCCGCUAUCGCCAUCGUGGGGUGCCUGAGUCUGGCGGUGGAGCUGCGGGCGGGCGCCGGGGGCGAUGACCUCGUGUCCUUUAUCAGGGAUUCUCUGUGUCACCUGACAUCCGCUCGACCUACAGCGGUGAACAUGGGCCGAGCCGCCCGCGAGCUGAUGGAGUUCACAGAGAACGAGAGCAUGGAGAAAAACACAGACCAACUGAGAAACAGUGUGAUUGGCUGGAUUGAGGAGAUGCUGGAGCGAGACGUGAACGACAACAAAAAAAUCGGCAACUACGGCGCCCAGCACAUCCUGUCUGGAGUUCCACGAGAUUCGGUUACGAUCCUCACACACUGUAACACCGGGAGCCUCGCCACGGCAGGAUACGGCACCGCUCUCGGAGUGGUGCGGUCGCUGCACACACUGGGCCGUUUGAAGCGUUUGUACUGUACGGAAACGAGGCCCUAUAACCAGGGGGCCAGACUGACGGCAUACGAGGCAGUCGCGGAGGGUUUCCCGGCCACCCUCAUCACAGACAGCAUGGCAGCGUUCGCCAUGAGAGAGAAAGGAAUUACAGCUGUCGUUGUCGGAGCAGACCGGGUUGUUGCCAAUGGUGACACGGCAAACAAAGUGGGCACAUAUCAGUUGGCUAUCGCUGCGAAGCAUCACGGGGUCCCGUUUUACGUGGCGGCGCCGAGCACGUCCUGUGAUCUGAGUUUGGAGAGUGGACGUGACAUCGUGAUAGAGGAACGCCCACCUGAGGAGCUCACCAGCAUUAACGGCAUACCUGUAGCUGCACCUGGUAUUGAGGUGUGGAACCCAUCAUUUGACGUCACUCCUCACCAGCUCAUCACGGGUGGCAUCAUCACCGAGCUGGGCGUGUUCCUCCCGUCUGAACUCCAGGCUGCUCUGACGGGCAGACUCACAGCUCUGUAAGGCCACAGCGCCCCCGCUGGCACGGGUGUAUCAUUGCACCUUUACCACCUCACAGCUCUCUCGUAAUGUUUCACCUCGCUUGGGUGGAAAUCGCACCUUUAAUCACAAACACACGCACGGAGGUGUUGUUAAAUUAUACACAUUCUCGAUUCAAUUCAACACUUAAGAAGUGGAAUAACACAGUGUUACAAUUGUACAACCCAGGGAUGCUUUAACACACACACACACACACACACACACACACACACUUUUCUCUCUGUCUGUACAGCUCAUGUGUUGGUCUGAAGUGUUGUGAAAACGUCAUUCAUUCUGGGUUUUUUUCACUACCUUCCCCUCGUCUGGCACAGCUCCAGUUUUUAACGGAAAGUUUCACAUUUUGGUGAUGAAGCUGAACUGUUGUUCAACUCUGAAAUUGAGAGUAUAGCACUUACAAAACAUCUAAACUAGCCACAAAUUUGCAUCACGUUUGCCGCUCGUUAUUUUCACAGGCAAAUGAGCGUUUGAUUCGCCGCUCUUCUGAACCUCUGGCAACAAUGGCUGCAAGUUUGCCGCAGAGUUCAUUUGCAUGUGAAAAUAAUCACUCUAAGAAUAUUCUCAAUAUUUCAAAAUAAAAGUAUUUGGUUCAACGCAGUUUCCUUUGAAGGGUAGACUGUUUAUUAGUUGUAAAAUUAAAUGUAACUUUAGGUAAAUAAUGUCAUUUGAAGAAAACUAAUCUUGUUUUAAAUAAACAUUGCCCUUCACUGUACACAUGUACGAUUUAUCAUGUUAGCAUAAUGCUAGCAAUUAUGUUAGCAUUGCUGAUCCGAGCGCCAUUCCUUUAACGGGAAGUGCCGAGGAUGAAUAAAUAACCCGCACUAUUAAAGUCCAUAUGUUAUAUUAACAUAUUAGUGAGUUUUGAAACCCACAAUCGAAACAGAAAUGAAACUUUAAACGCAGAACUGGGACUUUAGGUUGCGUGAAGACGCUUUGUUGGAAUCUCAAGAAUCGCGUCUGGGUCAUAUUUCAGCACAAAUUAAAUACUAGCAUGAUGCUUACAUCAAAUUAAAUGCAAUAAAACGUGUUUUAUUGCAUUUCAUUUUCUAAAAUGACUAAUUGUGUUCUUUUGAAUUGGGGUGAAAUAUGACCCAGACAUGUUGUUCGUUUAAUGAGAGGAACAUUAUCUAAAGUUUCGCUAGUAAAGGAAGUCUGUGUUGGUUAAAAGUCCAGAACUGUUGAUCGACCUUUGACCCUCCUAUGGUUUUGAAAAAAGGCACCCUUUGUUAUUCGCUGUCAUUUUUAUCCAGAAGGGUCAGAUGUGUAACCCUUUUUUAUUUUUUGUUGAUGAUAAUGAUACAAUUUCUUCUUCCCAAGUAAGAACAAUAAGAGUAUGCGUUUAUUUUGGGAUUUUAUGCUUAUUUAAUUUGAAAGUGUGUGUGUGUGUGUUCUGCUUUUGUGUGUGUGUGUUCUGCUUUUGUGAGUGUGUGUGUUCUGCUUUUGUGAGUGUGUGUGUGUGUUCUGCUUUGUGCGUGUGUGUGUUCUGCUUUUGUGAGUGUGUGUGUUCUGCAUUGUGAGUGAGUGUGUGUUCUGCUUUUGUGUGUGUGUGUUCUGCAUUGUGUGUGUGUGUGUGUGUUCUGCUUUGUGCGUGUGUGUGUUCUGCUUUUGUGAGUGUGUGUGUUCUGCAUUGUGAGUGUGUGUUCUGCUUUUGUGAGUGUGUGUGUGUUCUGCUUUUGUGUGUGUGUGUGUGUGUUCUGCAUUGUGAGUAUGUGUGUGUGUUCUGCUUUGUGAGUGUGUGUGUGUGUUCUGCUUUGUGAGUAUGUGUGUGUGUUCUGCUUUGUGAGUGUGUUCUGCUUUUGUGUGUGUGUGUGUUCUGCUUUUGUGUGUGUGUGUCCUGCAUUGUGAGUGUGUGUGUGUGUGUGUUCGUUCUGCAUUGUGAGUGUGUUUGUGUGUUCUGCUUUUGUGAGUGUGUGUGUGUGUUCUGCUUUUGUGUGUGUGUGUGUGUGUGUGUGUGUUCUGCAUUGUGAGUAUGUGUGUGUGUUCUGCUUUGUGAGUGUGUUCUGCUUUUGUGUGUGUGUGUCCUGCAUUGUGAGUGUGUGUGUGUGUGUGUGUUCGUUCUGCAUUGUGAGUGUGUGUGUGUGUGUUCUGCAUUGUGAGUGUGUGUGUGUGUUCUGCUUUGUGAGUGUGUUCUGCUUUGUGAGUUUGUGUGUGUGUUUGUGUGUGUGUGUUCUGCUUUGUGUGUGUGUGUGUUCUGCUUUUGUGUGUGUGUGUCCUGCAUUGUGUGUGUGUGUGUGUGUGUGUGUUCUGCUUUGUGUGUGUGUGUGUGUGUGUGUGUUCUGCAUUGUGAGUUUGUGUGUGUGUGUGUGUUUGUGUGUCCUGCAUUGUGAGUUUGUGUGUGUGUGUGUGUUUGUGUGUGUGUCCUGCAUUGUGAGUGAGUGUGUGUGUGUGUUCUGCUUUUGUGUGUGUGUGUGUGUGUGUGUGUGUGUGUGUUCUGCUUUUGUGUGUGUGUGUGUCCUGCAUUGUGAGUGAGUGUGUGUGUGUGUUCUGCUUUUGUGUGUGUGUGUGUGUGUGUGUGUGUGUGUGUGUGUUCUGCUUGUGUGUGUGUUCUGCUUUUGUGAGUGUGUGUGUUCUGCAUUGUGAGUGUGUGUGUGUGUUCUGCAUUGUGUGUGUGUGUGUGUCCUGCAUUGUGUGUGUGUGUGUGUGUGUGUGUGUGUGUGUUCUGCUUUGUGUGUGUGUGUGUGUUCUGCAUUGUGAGUUUGUGUGUGUGUGUGUGUUUGUGUGUGUGUCCUGCAUUGUGAGUGAGUGUGUGUGUGUUCUGCUUUUGUGUGUGUGUGUGUUCUGCUUGUGUGUGUGUGUGUGUGUGUUCUGCUUUUGUGUGUGUGUGUCCUGCAUUGUGAGUGUGUGUGUGUGUGUGUGUGUGUUCUGCUUUUGUGUGUGUGUCCUGCAUUGUGAGUGUGUGUGUGUGUGUCCUGCAUUGUGAGUGUGUGUGUGUGUGUCCUGCAUUGUGAGUGUGUGUGUUCUGUUUUGUGUGUGUGUGUUCUGCUUUGUGUGUGUGUGUGUGUAUUCUGCUUUGUGUGUGUGUGUUCUGCUUUGUGUGUGUGUGUUCUGCUUUUGUGUGUGUGUGUGUCCUGCAUUGUGAGUUUGUGUGUGUGUGUGUGUUUGUGUGUGUGUCCUGCAUUGUGAGUGAGUGUGUGUGUGUUCUGCUUUUGUGUGUGUGUGUGUUCUGCUUGUGUGUGUGUGUGUGUGUGUUCUGCUUUUGUGUGUGUGUGUCCUGCAUUGUGAGUGUGUGUGUGUGUGUGUGUUCUGCUUUUGUGUGUGUGUCCUGCAUUGUGAGUGUGUGUGUGUGUGUCCUGCAUUGUGAGUGUGUGUGUGUGUGUCCUGCAUUGUGAGUGUGUGUGUUCUGUUUUGUGUGUGUGUGUUCUGCUUUGUGUGUGUGUGUGUGUAUUCUGCUUUGUGUGUGUGUGUUCUGCUUUGUGUGUGUGUGUUCUGCUUUUGUGUGUGUGUGUGUCCUGCUUUGUGUGUGUAUUCUGCUUUGUGUGUGUGUGUUCUGCUUUUGUGUGUGUGUGUGUUCUGCUUUUGUGUGUGUGUGUCCUGCAUUGUGAGUGAGUGUGUGUGUGUUCUGCUUUUGUGUGUGUGUGUCCUGCAUUGUGAGUGAGUGUGUGUGUGUGUGUGUGUUCUGCUUGUGUGUGUGUGUGUGUGUGUGUGUGUUCUGCUUUUGUGUGUGUGUGUGUUCUGCUUUGUGUGUGUGUGUGUGUGUGUGUGUGUGUUCUGCUUGUGUGUGUGUGUGUGUGUGUUCUGCUUGUGUGU